CUUGCCGAGGUACUGUCUCAGGUCUCAGCUUAGAUAUUUAUUCUAUGCGAUUUUUCCAAUUUCUUUAGCAUCUGCUCUGUAAUGUAUCAUUCUGGUUUCGUUUUGCAAUUUUGUAUUCAAAGACAACACGACUUUGGUAUCUGGGUUUUCGUGAAUCCUUGUAACUUUUUGUCGAUCGAUCGAGCACUUUGUUUCUUUUCCUGCACAAUGUCUGAACGGACUAAAUAUUUUAAGGUUUUUGCUCUCUUGGAGCUUUAUUGUUGUUUUCGGAUUUCGUCUGGGAAUUUCUCAACGUUAUCCGUCUGAUGAAUAGAAUAGUUCGAAUUGGGAACGAAGGGAUGUUGUUUUUACUUCUUAAUGUUAUCUCACUUUGAAGUUCUUAAGAAUUUUAGAUUUGAACUUUGAAGAAUGUGGUAUUUGUUUUCUGUUAUGUCCAUGGAUUCAUCAUCCAUGUUGUUAAAAAUGCUACAAUCUCACCUGAUUUAAUCAAUGUGGUGUGAAUGAUUUAUGUAUUUGUUUUCCUGCAGGGUCAUUUUUUUUUUCUUGAAUUUUUUCACCAAGUGUUCGUUCACGGCAUUGCUUGUCCUCCAGUAUGAGUAUCUCCGGUGCUGCAGUUGGUUCAGGCAGAAAUUUAAGAAGAGCGGUAGAGUUUGGGAAAACUCAUGUGGUUAGGCCUAAAGGGAAACAUCAAGCAACUAUUGUCUGGUUACAUGGGCUUGGGGACAAUGGCUCGAGCUGGUCCCAGCUUUUGGAGACCCUUCCCCUUCCAAAUAUCAAAUGGAUUUGCCCGACUGCUCCUUCUCAACCAAUAAGUUUAUUUGGUGGUUUUCCCUCCACAGCUUGGUUUGAUGUUGUGGACAUCAAUGAAGAUGGACCUGAUGAUAUGGAAGGAUUGGAUGUGGCUGCUGCACAUGUUGCAAAUCUGUUGUCGAAUGAGCCUGCUGACAUUAAAUUAGGUGUUGGAGGAUUCAGCAUGGGUGCGGCGACAUCUCUAUAUUCUGCAACUUGUUUUGCUCUCGGUAAAUAUGGAAAUGGCAAUCCAUACCCUAUCAAUUUAAGCGCAAUCAUAGGCUUAAGCGGCUGGCUUCCUUGUGCAAAGACAUUGGCUGGCAAACUAGAAGAGGAACAGAUCAAGAACCGAGCUGCAUCGUUGCCCAUUGUUGUCUGUCAUGGAAAAGCUGAUGAUGUGGUACCGUUCAAGUUUGGGGAGAAAUCUUCACAGGCUUUGCUUUCAAAUGGGUUUAAGAAGGUGACCUUCAAACCUUACAGUGCACUUGGUCACCACACAAUCCCACAGGAGUUGGAUGAGUUGUGCGCAUGGUUGACAUCCACGCUCAGCCUCGAAGGUUGAUACUUCCUAUGAUGUAGCUUUCUGAUGAAAACCCUUCAACUCUUGAGAGUUUGAUUGAAUUGGAUGUUUCAGGAUUUCACAAUGUUUUCAUUGGAAUAUUUGUGUAAGACACAUUCGUCUAGUAGCAAAUCUUCUCCUUUGGCACGUCCAAAAACAUACUCAUCACU